UCGAGCAGAGUCAAGAUCAAAUGUGAGGAAAGCCUUUACAGACAAUAAUGAAUCUGCAGGCUAUCAUGUAACGGAUUAACCCUGCAGAGCACGUUUUGGUGGAAAAAUUGGAUGGCGGAAAGAUUUCGGAGUGAAGAGCCAGAUCAAUAAAUAAUCUACAGACCAUGAACUAUGUGGGUCAGUUGGCAGGUCAGGUGUUUGUGCAGGUCAAGGAGCUUUACAGGGGACUCAACCCUGCAACUCUGUCAGGAUGUAUAGAUGUCAUCGUGGUCCGGCAGCCCGAUGGCACCCUGAAGUGCUCCCCCUUCCACGUCCGCUUCGGCAAGAUGGGUGUGCUGCGGUCCAGUGAGAAACUGGUUGACAUCGAAAUUAACGGAGAGCCGGUGAGUUUGCACAUGAAGCUGGGAGAGAAUGGAGAGGCCUUCUUUGUCAAAGAAACUGAAAACACGAUGGAAAUAGUCCCGUCCUACCUUGCGACCUCACCCAUCGUGUCGACUGGUGCAGAGUUAAUGGAGUCCCAGCUGGGGAGGGGCACUUUCCGUCACCAUGACACCAUCCACUGCGGUUCACUUCCUGUCCAGAGCCUGGGACUGCUGCAAAGUGAUGGGGGGAUGAUAAAGAAGAGGAGGAAGAGGAGGAGGAAGGCACGACCAGAGGCAGGUGGAGGAGGAGGGAGGAGAGAGGAGAGUGAUGAAGAGUUCUCGGAGGACCAGGACAUGUUUACUAUUGACCUGAGCUCUGACGAGGAGAGAGAGGGUGACAGCAGACCUGUGUACGGUGAUCUGGGGUCUAUAGCCAACACGCUCACACACCCCAGCACUGACUGGAUCCGUUCACAGAGUCAUGGGAUCAAGACGGUGGAGAUGCUCUCCAUCCCUUCAGCCUGUGGUCUGUCCAUCUCUUGUCCUCAGCAGACCUCUCACUUCUCCCCCCACGUUAGCGGCCUCGACGAUUCUAGGUCAUCAACACCGAAGAGCGACUCAGAGCUAACCAAUCAGAAAAACCCUGAGAUGGAUCGCAAGGCUAUAAGCCAUGGGCCGGCCUUCCUGACUGACCACCAGAAGCAGCACCCUCCCCCAGUGGUUUCCAUCCCGGUGUCUUCCAGCACUCAUUUUAGAACCAUCCAUGACACGGGACCCCCCUCCCUCAAUCUCUACGCUCCCCAGCCAGGGGAGUCUGCUGCUCACAGUGAGGACAAGGACACCGAAGAAAGCAAAAGUGGAGCCAGGGCCGAACUAACUAUGACGACUGUGGACAGGCCUGGAGUUGGAGAGGUGGAAAAUGUUGGGCAGUCUUGUGCGGAGAUUGAGGGUUUAUCAGCCAGCUCAGUGUCUCCCAGGAUUCUCAUUGAUCAUCUUGAAGAAGGUGGGGCUGGAGAAAGUCCAAUCAGAUCAACUGAUUCACCAUCCAAGAGGAAAGAAAAAAGAAGCCAACACCUUGGCGCUGAUGGCAUUUACCUGGAUGACAUCACAGAGCUGCAGCCUGAAGUAGCUGCUCUCUACUUCCCUAAAAGUGACGGUGGCAGCAGCUCCAUGAGAGGCGACUCUGAGUUGAUGAUGAUGGGAGUAGGGAGCGCAAAUCAGUCCCCCCACUCAGAGGGCAGCAGUGGGAUGGGCAGCAGUGGGAUGGACAGCGGUGUUGACAGUUUGUCCGACCACAUAGGGGACCUGCCUCAUGUUUCCAUCUCUUUGUGUGGAGGACUCACUGACAACAGAGAGAUCACAAGAGGUAGACAAAAUGUGGUGUGUCAGUUUUCGGAAAACCCUUCUCUUAUCGAUGACCCCAACCUGGUUGUCAAGAUAGGAAACAAGUACUACAACUGGAACACAGCAGCUCCUGUCAUGCUGUCAAUGCAGGUUUAUCAGAAACCACUGCCCCAGGCCUCAGUGGAGAACAUCAUGAAGGAGAAGAUGCCAAAGAAAGGAGGACGCUGGUGGUUCUCAUGGAGGAGCCGGAACAGCGACUCCAAAUCAGAAUCAGUGACGGAUGGGGGGGGAGACAGUGGAGAGAGCUCACUCACCAUGCCCUCAAUGAACAGCACAAAGGAUGAGUCAUCCUCUAGUGAUGAGGACAACAGAUCGUCCAAUCAGGCAUCAGGAUCCUGCCAGCCGGAGCCCCUCAUGAGUCCUGGCAGCGUCUUUUACAAGAAGACUCUUCGGCUCAACUCAGAGCAGCUGGCUAGCCUGCAGCUGAAAGAGGGAGCCAAUGAAGUGGUGUUCAGUGUGACCACUCAGUAUCAGGGCACAUGUCGCUGCCAUGGCACAAUCUAUCUGUGGAGCUGGGAUGACAAGAUAGUUAUCUCUGAUAUAGAUGGAACCAUCACCAGGUCAGACACGCUGGGUCACAUCCUCCCUACUCUGGGUAAAGACUGGACCCACCAGGGUAUCGCUCGGUUCUACCACAAAGUCAGCCAGAAUGGAUAUAAAUUCAUGUUUUGCUCGGCGAGGGCCAUUGGUAUGGCUGACAUGACGCGAGGCUACCUGCACUGGGUCAAUGAGAGGGGAACCAUGCUGCCUAUGGGCCCGGUGCUGCUCAGCCCCAGCAGCCUUUUCUCUGCUUUGCACAGGGAGGUGAUUGAGAAGAAACCAGAGAAGUUUAAGAUAGAGUGUCUCUCAGACAUAAAGCAACUGUUCUACCCCAACACUGAGCCUUUCUACGCUGCUUUUGGAAACAGAGCUACGGAUGUGUAUUCCUAUAAGGAGGUGGGCGUUCCUCUGAACAGGAUUUUCACUGUCAAUCCCAAGGGGGAGCUGAUACAGGAGCAUGCCAAAACCAAUAUCUCCUCCUAUGUGCGUUUGUGCGAGAUGGUCGAUCAUGACUUUCCGCGCCUAGCUCCAAAUGAGGACCUUCCCCGCUCCGACACCUUCGACCAGUGCUACUGGAACAAAGAACUUCCUGAACGCACUGACGAGCAAGAUGAAGAGCCACAGCCCCUUGAGGCAAGCUGAGGAACCCCCUUCACGCUGUGGUCAGUGGUUUCAGGGUUCAUUGUGUAGCUCAUGUCCACAGGACAUGAAGCACUUAUCCAAGAGCUGUUCCUGAUGAAUGAAAGCUUCUUGGCUUCUUCAAGGAUCAAAGACUUAGAAGAUAGGUAACUACUGAUUCAAGUCACUUAUUGCGAUUUCUAUAUCCAACAUAAACAAUCCACCUUGCCAUCAUUCAACAGUGACAACACAAGAAAACAAAAAAAGUAUUUAACUGAUUAUUUUCCCGGAUAAGUGCACAACACAGACUCACGUAUUAAAAAUAUGAAGGUGCACUGACUCAUAGACACACACGCAAGCAGCACACAAAAGUAAAUCAUGUAAAUGCAUUCCAUUGGACUACAUUGCAGAGCAGAAGUACAUUAUGCUUACAUUUGGCUGGUUCCCAUUCUCUACUUCAUCCCAUACUACUAUUAAUUCACACUGGAGGUUAAAACAAGCUGCCACAAUACUAUGGGUGACAAUGAUGAUAGUUAUUGUUAUCUUUCACCAAAUGGCUUGUAUAUUCUGGUAUCAAUAUCGAGUCAUCCCUACUUUUAUCCCUUGAAAUAUUAAGUAAUAAGAAUGGCACUUUGUUAAUUAACUAGUACUAAUACUACUUUUGCAGAAAUGUUGCUGUAACCAAACAGAGAUUUUAAACAAGAAGCCUCCAAAAGUGUUAACAAAAUAUAAAUGACAUACAAUUCAGCCUGUUGGUGCAUUACUCAUUUUAAUCUUUUAAUGAACAGUGGCUUUUUUUACCCAUCGUAAACAGACACCUGGUUGCAGUUUGACCUGGUCUAGUAUAGUGACUGUAGUUAUUAUUAACUACAAAAAAUACCACAAUACAUUACAGUGAAAACAUCCAGUACAUGCAAAAACAGCACAGAAAGUGUUUCUAGUGUUCCCUUGUGUGCCGAACACCUUUGCAGGUCCAGAUAAAUGUGUGUGUGGACCGUGCUACUGUGAAAAAUGUUCUAACUUCAAUACUCAAGAUCAAUGCAGGUCAAUGCAAAAUACCUGUGUGUGUUCUUUAUGUCUGUUUUUAUAUGUUCAAGUUAACACAGGUGAUAUACUAGAAUGUAGUCUAUACAUAACUCAGAGUGUAUGUUAUUAUAAUAACUAAUGCUCAUCAAUGCAAUGACUGCUGAUUUUAAGUUUUGUGAAGUUGUUAAUGCACUGAACAAUAUACUGUGGAGCACUUAUCUGUAAAGGAGAACAGCAUGGUGAAAUAGGUUGAGGUUUGACUCGACACAUUUCUUUCAGUCAUUUUUACAUUUUCGUUUCAUUUGUUAUCAUGUUUAUGUUGCCAUCCGUUGAUCAAAUAACACUUAUUGUAUUGGAUUUAUUCAAAUGGAAGCGUUUAUUUUUACCACAUGUCUAACUUAAAAUGGGGGAAACCACUGUAACUCAUGAAUAACAUUAUUUUAUUUGAACAUAUGAAGUGAAUAUUUAAGCUCUGCUAAACUGUUGAGAGCUGAUAUAUUGUCUAAUAUACUUUGUUACUGGUUCUCAUUUAGUACUCACAGCUAUUGUAUGUUUUAUUAUGAAUCUGUUUUUAAACCUGCCACCUCUCGUUGCACUGAGAGGGGGUAGUUUCAUCAUGUGACCACUUCAGCAAGAGAACAACAUGCAGUAUUUUAGGAAAGACAAUAGGUGACUUUCUUGUCUCCUUUCGGGUGUCAUGUCAGCUGGUAAUCAUGUGUUAUUUGUCAAUUCAUCUAAUGCAUCAUAGGUAUCAAGAGGGAUAUUAAAAUGACAGCCAAACUUGUACUUUGUGCAGCAUAAUGAAGAUACUUUCAACCCCCAAAAAGUCUCUGUUUGUAUUAAAACGUAAAUAUUAGGUAGUUAAAAGCAGCUCUGAAUGCCUUUCAUCUUCUUGUAAGGAGAGAAAAUGCUACAACUCUCCAGAUUUAAAGCAAUUCACCAGAUUUCAAUAACAAUUUAACCAUUUAAUUUGUAGUCAGAUAGUAAUGUGUCCUAUAUUGAAAAAAAGACAUGAAAUCAAAAUGACAGAAGACUGAACUAGGAUUGAUUGUCUGUUAUACUGCUAUAUAAUCUUGGUGCAUAGGAUAGAUAUGUCUAAUGCUGUGCUGCGACCGACAAAAAGAGAAACUAAUCACCUUUCAUCUAAAAUGUUUGAUGUUCAAAUGUCUUUUGGGAAUCCAGUGUAAGUUGUACCAGAUAAAAGAUACAGAGGACGCAUGCUGUUGUGAUUCAAAGAUGUGAGUUGAUGUGGAUGUUAUGAUGAUUGUCACCAGAUUUUUGUAGGGAAGUAUAUGCCCUGUUAUUGUUAUAAAUAUGUCAAACAUGCACAGACACGAUAACUUGUGAUUAUUUAAGCCAAACAAACACUCUGAUCCGUGUGAGGUCAUUUAAUUUGAUAAUCGUAAAAUCUCUCUGCCUUUAAUUCGAGCACAGAGAUAUACUUACUGUACAAUUUCAUAUGGAAAUAAGAAGUAAGAAUUGAUUUUUCCUCUUAAUGAACACAAUGCUCUUCCCCUUUUUUAAAGUAAAUCAUCUGUUUUGAUGAUUUUCACCUGAUUCUUUCUGUGAAAGAUCGUAGGAACUCUUGACCAGAUAUCUGUCUCUGUGUUGACAUGGAUGUCGAUCCGGUUUGCUUUCCCGUGUAAAGAUUAUGUUCAGGGCACCGUGAAGCAGCGUGCAAGCUACUGUCGACAACAUAGUUUGAAUAAAUCUGUACAGUGGACACAUUUUUCAAUAAACUCAAAGGUGAUUGCUACACUGUGUUUCACUUCCUUUUAACAGUUCUGCAUAUUAA